AUGUGGGAGCCACAUCCAGAACAGCAAUUUCACUUGCGCCUGCAUCGUGCUCAAUCGGUUGUUCUCACAAAUGCCGAGCUAGUUGAGGUUCGCGCGGCGCAGCGGACAUUCGAAGGCGCGUACAUGCGAACUGCGCUGGGUCAAUUUUCGUUCUCGCUCGUGAUUCUCAAGAUCUUCACUCAUGAAUUUUAUCCCAUUGGCGCGCUGUUUGCCGUCUAUGGCACUGCAAUCUUGCUUGUCGCCGUGUAUCGACGGUACGAGGGUCAGCGGCAAUUCUUCACCAAGGAGUCUGCGGAUGGGCUGUUGACGCGCAAGUUUCGGACGUCGGGCGAUACUGUGACACUAUUGACAAUUCUUAGCCUUCUGGCAUAUGCGACCUUACUUGUACUGACCCUACUGUUGACGAGGGACUAG